AUGACUCACUUUGGGUGCCGCUGGGCUUUCCUCGGGCUUUCAAGCAUUGCAGAGCUAUUUUUCAAGGACAUAACACGAUCACGCUCAGAUGAGGAUCCUAUUCGCCAUCAGUUGGUGGCUGUUUCCACAACUCGCUCCGUUGAGCGUGCGUCACAGUGGCUGGCGCAGCAAGACGUUCCAAAUAGACACACGGUUCGCAUCUACACAUCCUCCGACGAAAUGCUGAAGGAUGGAGGAUUUGAUAUAGUAUACAUCUCAACGCCACAUGCAGUCCACUUCUUGCACGCACGUACGGCUAUUACGAAUGGCCGCAAUGUUCUCUUAGAAAAGCCGGCUGUGAUGAACAAGGCUCAAUAUGAUCGCCUAGCGGAUCUCGCGAUCGAGUUCCGUGUUGUUUUCAUGGAAGCGAUGUGGACACGAUAUUUUCCCCUCACACAGCACCUCGAAAAGGAUCUUCUUCCCCGGCUAGGGCGCGUUAAACGGGUCUUCGCCGAUUAUUCACUUCCCUUAUUCGGCGACCCAACGUUGCAGCCGGGAUCGAGGUUCCUCGACAAAUCUACUGGCUCUGGCUCCUUGCUGGACCUUGGGGUAUACCCGCUGACUUGGUGCGAUAUCGCUCUGCCCAGAGAUGACGAUUCAAUCGCAGUGAAGUAUGCCGAAACUAUUGAGCACGCAACGGGCGAGGGAGAACCAAUUGACGAUAUUACGACCAUUAUCCUUUCCGGCAAGAGAAAUACCGUAUCCUGCGUUGUUACCAUUUCGUCUUCUAUACCCGGAUCCCCGAAACUAAAUCUCAAAGAUAAACUGCUUCGUAAGAAGAACUCCCCGUGUCUGCGUAUUCAAGGUACAAAGGCGGAAAUAUCUUUGCCGUUCCCACCCAUAAGGCCAGAGACCCUAACGAUCCAGUAUUACGACGAGGAUAAUUUGGAUCCAAACGGCUUUGAAACCGAGGAAACCAUUGUCAGGCAAGUUCAAGGUUGGGGUCUUUGGUAUCAAGCAGACCAUAUCGCAAAUGCUAUUCGGAACCGAGGCUCGCAACCGAAAGAUGGUUGUAUCAUUGGGCGCAAGGGUUCUUCUCGGGUGCUCAGUUGGGUCGACCAGGCUAAAGAGCUCGCGAAAAUCAAAUACGAUGAAGACCUGGAACGCGUGUGGUAG